AUGCAGCAGACAUUCCCGCACAGCCCGCUGGGCGUCAUCACCACUCCUAGUGCCGCGAUCACCAGCAGGGUUGGAGUGGAUUCUCCCGCUGUCAGUGCUUCUUCGGCAUUUGAGUGGGACCUGGUGUUCUUAGGAGGGAUUGGCAUGGAGGUGGUGGUGGUGGUGGUGGUGGUGGUGCAGGUGGUGGGGGAUUCUUCCCAGCCUUUAGGGUGGAGUGGCGAUGGCCAAGUCCCACAGACGCCACCGCAGGAGCGGGCCGCCUGCUUUGACCUAUAUAACUAUCCCAACGACGUCGAAUGCAUUCUGUUUCAAGUUGUGGCUAUUGGGAAGGGAAUGAAGAAUAUUGUGACGAUCAGGGGACUUCAUGAAAAGGGAAGUACACUUUGUGUCUAUGCCUUGAAGGGUGAGACUAUCCAAGAAGCCCUGUGUAAGGAUGGUCGAUUUCGGCCUGACCUGGACAAAUUAAAGUGGAGACUCAUAGAAAAUCAUAAGAAGGUUUAUGGAAAACAGUCCAGAGUGGAGGACAUAUCUGGGAAAACCUUAGAAAUGGAAAUUCUUAAAAAGCGUACCCAUAAGAAAAUUGAGCAGAAGAAUGCAAGUGCCACUGGUGAAAUCAGUCCCCAGGAUCUGAUGCCAUCUCAGGUCCAGGUCCUCGAACCAGAGGCAGGUGGAGAGACUGAAGAUGUAGAAUACAGCCGAAAUACUGUUCUCCCACCUCGAAGUCUAGGACAUGAUAUUGAAGAUAAAAAACGCCGGACAAUUUCCGAAAUUAAAAAUCAUUAUCGGAAAAAUCACAAAAUAAAAUACAGGAAACAAAUCUCACUCAUUCGGCAAAGUCCACAUCUGGGUAUGCAAUCUGCUAUUAAUUGGGAUAUCCAGGAGAAGACAACUGAUCCCUGGCUAAAGAAUUGCAAAAUAUUGGAUGAAGUUAUAAUUCAGCAAUAUCCAAAUUUUAGUAAAUAUGCACUUCAUAUGAAAAAGUUUUUUCGGGAAGACCAGAGGAAAAACAAACUGUCACCAUCUCAACAAUUCAACAUAUAUGAAAAGUACUUUGCAAAAGCAACUAAAAAUUCUACUACAGUUGUAAACUAUGAGUUUCGUACCCAACGUAGUAAUUCAGUUGGGUUCAUCUAUUGGGACAAUAAUGGAAACACAGGCAAUGCUACUUGCUUUGUCUUCAAUGAUGGAUGCAUUUUCACCUGUCAGCAUGUUGUAGACAUGAUGGUGGGAGAAGGCACAGAUCCAAGUUUGUGGCCAGAUAUAAUAAGCAAAUGUGCAAAGGUAACUUUCACUUAUAAAAAAUUACACUGUUUUCCUGAAGAAUGCUUUUCCAUUGAGCCAUGGUUUGAAGUGUAUAAUAAAGAUCUGGAUUAUGCCAUUUUAAAACUAAGAGCAAAUGGAAAUGGAUUUCCUCCAGGCCUAUCAGGCAAAUUUCCUCUUUGCCAUCUAGUGGUUAUUUAUUUAAUUGGUCACCCAGAAGGCCAGGUCAAGCAAAUAGAUGAGUGUGCUGUGAUUACUAUAGUGGAUCGUGCAAGGAGGUACUCAGACCUUGCUUUCUCUAUGUUUACUCCAAGAAGUUUCCCACCUGUGGCUUGGCGCGGUGAUGCACUUAGUUAUGAUACUUGUUUUAUGGAGGGGUCCUCUGGCUCCCCAGUGUUUAAUGCAGCUCACCAAGUCGUUGCUAUACACUCCUUCGGACAGUUUUAUGAAUGUCAAGGUAAGAAGUGUGGCUUAAUUGAAUUUGGCUAUUCCAUGGAAUCAAUUCUUCGUGAUAUUAAACAGAAAAAUGAGGCCUUUUAUAAACUGUUAACCGAAGAGAAAAAUGAGAACCUCAAUCAAGAGAAAAAUAAUAAACAAGAGUCGUCACUCCAAAAUCAUCAGAUGGAACCGAUGGAACAUUAGAAGAAAAUAUGCCAAGAAUUUAAAGCAUGUGGGGCUGCUUUCUUAAAGUAUAAUAACUGGAUUAAAAAACAUUUAGUGAAUCGUGUGGAUGUGCAA